GUCAGCAACUACCGGAUGUGUACUCAGUGGACUGGAAUCUCAGAAAAAAAAGCUGUCAAAAUAUCUCUGGUCUGGGGCUCUUCACAGCCACACCAGCCUCUUACGUUGUUAUUUAUAUCGCUCCCCAGUUAGGUUUGCAUCAAACCUAAUAUAAUAAGAUAGAAUGGAAGAAGGCAUUUUAACAACGCUGAAGAUAUUGAUAAUCGGAGAAAGUGGUGUUGGAAAGUCAAGUCUCCUAUUAAGAUUCACAGAUGACACAUUUGAUCCAGAUCAAACUGCAACAAUCGGUGUCGACUUUAAGGUGAAGACCAUCAGUGUCGAGGGCAACAAAGCCAAGUUGGCAAUAUGGGACACGGCGGGCCAGGAGCGCUUCCGAACCCUGACGCCCAGCUACUACAGGGGAGCCCAGGGAGUCAUCCUGGUGUAUGACGUUACACAGCGCGACACCUUCACCAAGCUGGACAACUGGCUGAACGAGCUGGAGACGUACUGUACGAGGAACGACCUUGUGAAGAUGCUGGUCGGCAACAAGAUAGAUAAGGAAAACCACGAACUAGACAGGAACGAGGGGCUGAAGUUUGCGCGAAAACAUUCCAUGCUUUUUAUAGAGGCCAGCGCCAAGACCCGGGACGGAGUGCAGUGUGCCUUUGAGGAGCUGGUGGAGAAGAUCAUCCAGAGCCCCGGGCUGUGGCAGAGCGAGGGCCACGGCCGCGUCCACCUGACCGACGAGGACGCCGGCGGAGGCAGCUGUGGGGGCUAUUGCUCCCUGGUGUAGACGCCACACACACACCCACAGAGAAACACGCACGAAUACACUCUCAGACACACACACAGACACACGCACACACACACACACACACACACACACUCGUGCACACACACACACGCACUCGUGCACACACACACAC